AUCCCAAAUCUACAAACCCUAAAGCAAUUGGAAAUCGAGAAUAAGAAAUGGCUCGUACAAAGCAAACUGCUCGUAAAUCGACUGGAGGCAAAGCUCCAAGGAAGCAAUUGGCAACAAAAGCUGCUAGGAAAUCUGCUCCGGCGACCGGAGGAGUGAAGAAGCCACACAGAUUCAGGCCAGGUACCGUGGCGCUGAGAGAAAUUCGUAAGUAUCAGAAAUCAACUGAGCUUCUGAUCAGGAAGCUUCCGUUCCAGCGUUUGGUUCGUGAGAUUGCUCAGGACUUUAAGACUGAUCUCCGUUUCCAGAGCUCUGCUGUUGCCGCGCUACAGGAGGCAGCUGAGGCGUAUCUCGUAGGAUUAUUUGAGGAUACUAACCUUUGUGCAAUUCAUGCUAAGAGGGUUACCAUUAUGCCAAAAGAUAUUCAGCUUGCAAGGAGAAUUAGGGGUGAAAGAGCUUAAAAUGUUGUAGUGUUUUGAGUAUAUAGUGGGGGUGUUUUUCUGUGUUUUGAACCUUUGAUGUUUUGAUUCGGAAUUUUCUCAAUUCUGAAAAUGUAUGAAGUCUAUUCCAAUGAAAUAUUGCGUAUUAUGUUCAGUUGACUA